AUGGCAUGUGGCACUCCACACUUCACUCCUCAUUACUAUAAUCUUGAUCUUCCAAUCAAUGCGACUCAAAAACAUGUCAAACAGGCAUAUCGUCGCCUUGUCAAAUUAAUACAUCCAGAUAAGAUUAGAGAUCCAAAUCAAAAGGAGAAUGCCUUGGAAGCAAUUCAGCUUAUCAACGAAGCUUAUCGAGUGUUGACCGACAAUGAGAAGCUUCUUGAGUAUCGCUAUCAAUGUGCUAGGUUUGAGCAGGAUUGUCAUGGGAGACACGACCUUUCCCUGACAUGGGAACUCGAUUACUGGAACGAAGAAUGGAAUAACAGAUGUCGAAAUGUGACAAGCACGGCGCCCAAACCGUGGUUUUGGAAUUAUGACUCUGGCUCAACUGGGAUAAUGUGCGUUGAUUCGGACCAACCUAUCGGAGCCCUGGGCUUGGAAUAUCUCACGGAGCCGGAUCAAAGAUUUUGUACCGCAACUUGGGUAAAUCUUGUCCAUCUAUUUGUGGAUAAUGGGCUACCUAACUCUGUAAGCGACAAUAUAUGGCGUUGGGCUGAGAGCUGGAGAGAUGGGUCACUCAAUGGAACAAAACCUAAGCACGAGUUUUUGCACUUUCAGCGUGGUUGCGAUCAUUAUCACGUUAUGGUCCCAAGGAAGGAAGCCUACACUCCAUGGUCACAAAUUCCAGCCAACACCGAUUGGCCAACUAUAGGAUAUGCGUGUGAAUUAUUUUGCCCUGAUAUCUUGAUAUUACCUUUCAUCCUUUACAUCAUUGUGCUUUGUCUCUUACUAUACAUCUGCUUAAGUAUACUUAGAAAGCUCUCAAGGCAGAUAUCACUGGCAUUUUGGCCACCAUCUGCAAUCUCUAGCCCUACUCAGGUUGAAUCACUCGUAGUUGAUCUCAUGACAAGAUCACAAAGAGAACCUCAGUCUAGUGCAGCGGGGCCACAAAGUCCGUCAUACAUAUCAGAACGGGACUACUAUGUAGAUGGGGAAGCCACUUCAAGGUACUCUUCCGAUAAACUGUCCCAAACGCAGUGUUACAACUCUGUAGAAUUAAGACGUCGGCCAAUAAAUCCUCCGAAUAGAGCAUUAUCAACACAGAAUUACAGCACAGAAGAAACUCAAACUCCAUAUAUAAAUCCUUCGGAUGAAUCACUACCAACACAAGAUUACACCGCAAAAGAUUCCCAAGCUGGACCAGCAAACUCUACAGACAAAUCAUCACCGACACAAUUCUUCAGCGCAGAAGCACAACCAGUAGGAUCUCCUGUAAACCCAUCACAACUACUCUCAUUACGAUCAUCAGAAAGACCUUGGUACUACUCCGACAAAGACGGCGCCAACGAUUUACCACUACGAGAGCGAAGAAGACCGACAGCCCCCUACGAACCACUACGACCCCGCUUCGUCCACUACGAAGACGAACAAUACGCCGACGAUGAAAGGACCCCUAGACUCUGCAUGGCGCUAACGGCAACUAAAAAGCCCUGUCAGAGAAGAGUAUCAAUGGUGACGCCGCUCACGGGCUCGACCGUCUCGGGACUCGUCUCUCCGCUUUGUUUUCAGCAUAGACAUGUUAGGAGGUGGAUUCGAAAUCAUAGUGAUCAAGAUCCUUUUACGCUAGGGAAAUCUUCUUUGGUGGAAAAUUCGCCGGGAUCAGGUAGGAGGCGUGUUGUUGCGUAG